CACCACUGAUUUUUACGAUUGACAGCGUUGGACCCACUACGAAUAAGAUACACGAUGACGUGUGCAUGCUUUUCUUGUGCAGACACUUCGGCGUGGCUUUUACCUGUUCUCGCAACAAAUAGCGAGGAGAGCAUCCGCGAACAUUGCGAGAGAAGAAAUGGCGAGUUCUUCCGCAUCUGCUGAUGCCGUGGUAAAGAUUCUCGGUCGCGGUGGGGCUCCCUCACCGCGCCUUCCCCACAUAUGGGCACAGGUGGGCCCACUCGUGAGUAAUCCGGCGGUGACUCGUUUGCUCAGUGGCAAAGAGAUAGUCCACGUGUUUCAAGCCUUCGCUGCUACAGCACUAGCCGCCGGCAAUGGAUCUGUGCGCAACUUGUCGGCGACCACGUCUGUCGCCUCGGUUCUGGGAAGAGCGCAAGUGGCGGACGCUCACGAGGGAAGCGGCGACGACGGUGCGCUGUGGUUCGAGCAGCUACGAGGCAUCUUAGAAAGCGAGGAAGGGGCAGCGAGAGAAGUAUUGGAAGAUCCGUCUUUAUUAGGUGCUACGAGAGCGCGGACGACACAGACACUUGGACAAGCACAGUGCAGUGCGUCCGAUACCUCUAGAACAAGGUCAAGUGCGGGAGCGGACGCACGAGGAACCAGCAAUACGUGGAGGAGAAAGCAAAACGACAACGAGAAUGAGGAUGAAGUAGAGGACUCGACGUGUUCGCCAGUAGCGAUGCAGGGUCAAAACUAUUCGCUUGCUAAAACCGCUACUUUGGAAGCGUAUCUUGAUCGUCAACGUGCUUCGAGACGGAUCCCACGUCCGCGUAGUCUAGCCGCAAGCAACUCGGUUCGGACUGGAUGGCGCCAUCGUCUAGACAUGUCAGCGAUGUUGCUGCGAUUUCGCGACGAGGUAGAGGGAUUGGGGUCUCUGGCGCAGGUUGCGCGCCUCUGUCGUGCUUGGAGGAUCCUAGCAGAGCGCGACUGCCUGCAGCCGGUAAGCGUGGUGGCGAAAAUCCUUGAUAACGAACUUCCAGCCAUGGUAAUGAAUAAUGCGCCAUACCUUGCAGUUGCCGAUUUACGCGCUGUCUUCGAAAUAUACUAUAAUUUGAAAGGUGGCGAACAAGUCGAAAAAAAAGCUUCUGAUGCCAUGGAAGCAUCGGGGAGCACGACUAGCUCAUCUCCGUUCGUUUUUGCUUUUCGGUUUUUGGAUUCAGACGCGAGUCCAGUUUUGAGGCAGUUGUGUGUACGCGUACGGCAGACAUUACAAACUGCUACGGGCGCUGACCCGGCAGAUCUCGUCAGCUUGGCACGCAGCUUUGCUUUUCUUGGUGAGUCUGCUGGUGCACAAGAGCUCCUGACCAGUGUGAAUCCCUUUAGAAGUAGUCCCACCACGACUUGGUCAGCUGUGAUUUUUGCACUGGAGACGCACCUGCUUUUGCAGAGAUUGUAUUUUGCGCAGCGACGGUGCGUUUUCCAGAAACGCUUCUGCGCUACCUCCGAGGAAGCACAGAGCUUCGAUGGACGCAGGGGGCGAGAGACGGCGAAACGCAGAAAAUGGAUCGAGCGCUACGCAGAGCUCAUUCCACCACCGGUGUUUUCACGAGAGCGUCUUGUACGAUUGAGAGACAGGUUGUUCCGUGCGAGUGGGUCCUCAGAAACUACUUCUGAAGAUGUGAUCGAUUUUCGACAAUGGGUGCGUGUGCUUUUCCUAGUCACGAAGUUGGAUCUGCCGAGUCAAGAAGGAUUCGAUAAUAUACUUCGUUCGACAUCACGAAGAAGUCGUAGUUGUACUUCUAAAUAUGGCGACCCUUUCCCUUCUUCAACGCCCACGGAAAGCUAUGAAAAUCUGGCUCGAGUGCUCGUGCCCGAGCAUUCAGGCAUUGCCUCAUGCUUUCGCGACCUUGUGAUCCGGGACGUGCGCCGCGUGGCGCAGAGUCCUAGAAUAUGCGUGUUUUGUCUUCGAUGGUGCGGUCUUGCGUUGCCUGAACGGCUACAACUAUUGGAAUGUUGUGUCGCGCGAAGAGCGAGUGGCAUUCGCGUCGAUGAAUUGCUGGCUCUCUGUCGUAGCACAGAUGCGCUCUUGACGGAGCUGGUGUCUGCCCUAAAACUGCUCAAUCGUCAUGACGACGAAGUCCAGAAUUUGGGUGAAGAAAAUGUGAAAAACGACGAGCUGGAUGAGGGGAAUGUCAUAGGGGGCAUUCGCCCGACGGAGAUGGCAGAGGGAAAGAGCGGGUCUUCACAAAAAGCUUUUGCGGAAACAGAAGAUGAGAUCGACAAUGACGGGCAUUCAGAUGGAGGCGCAGCGGCGAUACGAGAGCAGCUAAGCGGUCGACUUCGGAUCCUAGUCGACGAAAUUGCAGGAGUCUUCGCCAUGAGACGAGAUAUCCUCUCUGAUCCGGAGAGAGCUCUGAUCGAGAAAACGUUUCUACGAAAGUGGCUCGUAGAGUCGCCUUUUCUCAGAGCUAGAAAUUCACAGCACGAUUAUGAGCCUUUCGCAGAAGGCAAUAGUGUCGAUAGUUUUUGUGCGGCACAUAAUGAGGGGACACCUGGUGCGAUCAGCAUGCCUUUUCCCACUGCGCAAUUCGAUCGCGUGUCUCACAGGACAACGGUAGGCUCAUAAUUCAGUGAGACUGUUGCGAUAUAUCGAAGCCAACAUCUAACGACAAUCAAACUACAGUAUCAUAUCUAACAACGUGCGACCAAAGAGG